GUUCUCGCCCCGCGCCGCCGCCGCCAACUAUCCGCUUCACACACAGAACCGCCAAAAUGCCGCCGAAACGUCGUCGCGCCGCCGCGAAGGAAACUCCCCCGCGGAAAGCUACGGCCGGUUCGCCCUCAGCACGCGUCACCCGCAGUCGGAGAAAGGAGACAGCGCCGGAGGUGCCUGAGGUGUUUUUGGAGCUCUUGACGGACAAGGAGGAGAAGACGCGCGCUGGCGAAGAAUCGGAUGUUUCUGCCACGAAGCGGAGGAAAAUGGAGGUGGCGCCGGUAGAGGUUGUGGAAAAGGUGAACGACGCAAAGGUGAUGCCGGCGUUGAACGCCGAGGCUGUGCCUGGAGUCACGGUAGCAGAUGACGAGCACCCGGACGAAGACGAGGAUGACGAGGAUAGUGAUAUUGACUGGGAGGAUGUGGGUCUGAGUUCAAAGCCUAUCGAUCUCCGAGAUAUUAUGAACUCACAGUCGCAGCCGGAUCCGGAACCUGUGCCGGAGCCAAAAUCCGCGAUGUUGGAAUUGAUUCUCACCGAACCAUCAUCAAAAAAUAUUGAUACCACGGCUCGCCGAAAGAUCACAGCGAUGGAUAGGAGGAUUCGUCUCGAAACGCAUAAACUUCACCUGUUAUGCCUGCUGUCCCACGUAAAUUUGCGGAAUCGAUGGUGCAAUAUUGAGGAAGUACAGGAAAAUUUACGGCCGCUACUUCCUGACAAAGUGUAUGACAAGCUACACCAUGAUCCAACAGACCAGCAGUUCCGCAGGUCCAAGAUGUUUACCGAUGGCCUUAAGGAGGCUGUUACUGUAUUUCGGAGGAAAUUCAAGAUCACACGGCGAGGCCUGACGGCUGCACAAUGGAUGGAAUCUGAAGCUCUGGAAAAGUGGUCGACGCCGCUGGGCACAGAGCUGAUAUCUAGAGCAGACUUCAUACAUGCGUCCACAACGCUGUCCGGGUCUCGCGACCUUGGCGCACAACUCUUCUGCGCACUUCUACGCUCAGCAGAUAUCGAGACACGCCUCGUGUGCUCCCUACAGGUCCUGCCUUUCACCUUCACACAGAAGUCCCCACCGGCACGAAUAGCGGCCUCGAUAGUCUCCUCUACCACCUCGGAACCAGAAGCUCCCGUUGUCUCCGCCUCCGCUACGGUUCCACCGCGCAUCAGCUCUCUCACCGAUCCUAUUCUCCGCGCCCCUUACGUAGCCCCAACAAAACCCAGCGCCCCGCCGCCCAAACCCGAAGAGCAAAAACUCGUCGAAAGCGAUUACCCCGUAUUCUGGAUAGAAGCUUGGUCGGUCCCGUCGCAACGCUGGAUAACCGUGGACCCGCUCGUCACGCAAACCGUGGCCAAACCCGCCCUCCUCGAACCCCCUCUCUCGGAUCCCCUAAACACACUCACAUAUGCUCUCGCCUUCGAAGACACCGGCCACAUCAUCGACGUAACCCGCCGCUACGCGACCUUCCUCUCCGCACGUACGCGACGCUUCCGCGUUCACUCUACCAAAAGAGGUGACAAAUGGUUUCUCCGUCUCCUCCGCCGGAACUUCCAUCGCGGCUACAGAGUAGAUCGCGAUCAGCUCGAGGGUGCGGAGUUUUCCAGGCUGCAAUUGGAGGAGCCUAUGCCGAAGGCGGUGCAAGACUUUAAGGACCAUCCGAUUUUUGCGCUGAAGAGACAUCUCAAGAGGGGUCAGAUUAUCAGUCCGGAGAGGAAAGUGGGGACUGUCAAUAGCGGCAAAGGAAAGGUCGAGACCGUGUUCCGGCGGCAGGACGUGAAGGAAGUAAAGACCGUAGAGCAGUGGUACAAGCUCGGGCGCGAGGUUCUGAAGAACGAGAUUCCGUUAAAAUUCACGCCCGCGAGAGCGAGAGCGCGGAAAGGAGAAGGUGGUCGGGAGGAGGAGGGGGAAGACGAAGCUCUACCGCACCAGCCGAUGUUCUCGCACGCCCAAACGAGGCUUUACUCCCCGCCCCCAGUCGUAAACGGCAUCGUCCCCAAGAAUCGCUUCGGAAACCUCGAUGUAUUCGUUCCCUCGAUGGUGCCGGCAGGUGGUGUCCACAUCCUCCACACUAAUGCCCGCAACGCCGCGCGAAUCCUCGGUAUCGAUUAUGUCGACGCCGUCGCGGGCUUUGAUUUUAGGAACCGCAUGGCUAGUCCGAUGGUUAAGGGCGUGGUCGUGGCGAGUGAGUAUGGUGCCGCGGUAGAGGCGGUGGUAGAGGGGCUGGAGUGGGAGGCCGAGAGGGAGGUUGAGAGACAAAGGGGACUGGAGGCACUGAGGUUGUGGAGGAGGUGGCUGCUUAGGUUGAGGAUCAGGGAGAGACUUGGGAUGGGGAACGAUGAGGUCCCUGUGGCGAGAUUGAGGACCGACGGUGUAGAAAGGAGGGAGAAGCCGGAGAGAAGAAACCAGGCCAAGCGGAGGGUGCAGUCGGACGAAAACGAAUAUGAAGAUGAAGAAGACGAAGAUCAGGAGGAGGGUGGCUUUUUGGCAGACACUGAUGAGGAAGAGGAUAUUGCUCAGGAGAUUUUCAGAAGGAGGAGCAGAAGGAUGAGGCGAGCGGUUGAAGAUGAGGAAGGAGAGGGCGGGUUUUUGGCAGAUGGCGACGAAACGAAUACUGCGCAGGAGACUGCAAGGAAGGGGAGUGAAAAGCUGAUGAGGUCAGCGGAAGAGGAGGAGGAUGGGUAUGGUGGCGGUGGCUUUUUGGCAGACGGUGAUGUUGAAGAUGGCGGUGGUGGAUUUAUCCCAGAGGAAGAUGGCAGUGGGGGAGGAGGAUUCUUACCAGAUCAGGGGGCCGGUGGUGAAUUUGUUCCAGAGGAAGAUGGCAGUGGAGGACGAGGAGGAUUCCUACCGAACGAUGAUUAUGGCUGUGGAUUCAUUCCAGAAGAUGCCAGCCACACAGAGCCUGCCAACCCCAUACCAACAACCCAGCCAGCUCCCACCGAUGCCAGCAACAGCAGUGGAUCCAUCGCAGGCCUAGACGAUGGCGGUGGAUUCAUUCCAGAAAAUGACAGCCCCAGCGAGCCUGCCCACCCCUUGCAAACAACCAAGCCAGCACCCAUUAAUGGCAGCAGCGGUAGUGGAUCCAUCGCAGGCCUGGAUGAUGGCGAGGGCUUUUUGCCAGACGCUGAACGUGCCAUACCCGAAGAAGAGAAGGAGGAGGAGGAGGCUGGUGGAGGGUUUCUUCCGGACGUCGAGAUGGACGUAGUACCAUCACAGGAAGAGGCAGCAUCUGAAGAAGAGGAUGAGGAUGAUGAGGAUGAAGAGCCGGAUUGGGAGCUUUUGGGAUUGUAGAUGUAGAUUAUGACUGGGGGCUAGAGAUGUGCAUAUGGUGGCGGAUUCCCUGAAGCCAGUAGACAGUGCCUAGUACCGCGUCUGUCCUCGUCUAUGCGGUAAAUGGAAUCUACCAUGGUAGGUAUGCUACUUUGUAUCAUUCACAAUCAUAGUCAUAGAAUUUCACUCGUCAAACGAGUGAUAUUUACUGCCUAGUACUCCAU